AUGACAGACUCCAACAAAGACGGAGUCACUUCCCAAGUAGUGGCAGCAUCAGCAGAACCGACUCAAUCGAGUCAACCGAGCAGCAGUGACGACCACCUCACCCAUCUCCAUCUCGUACGUCGUGGAGAAGACGCCGCCGUCACGGACGAGGAUAAUGAUAAUGAUAACGAUAAUGACAAUACGGACGCCAAUGGCAAUAGCCAAAUGAGAACAACAAUCCCAGGCUACGACGCCCACCGAAUGAGAGCCCGCGCAGCACUGACAGCCGAGGAGGAAAAGAGGCUCUUGCGCCGCAUCGACUGGCGGUUAAUGCCGUUGUGUUCGCUGAUGUUUCUGCUUAAGAAUGUUGAUGCAAAUUCGGUCGCCAAUGCAAAGAUCAUGAACAAGGGGACGGGGAUGAAUAUCCUAGCUCAGCUGGAUAUGACGGCUAAUGAGUAUAAUCUUGUUACGACGGUUUAUUUUAUUCCGUACAUCGUCUUCGAGGCCCCAUCCAAUCUCUUGAUAAAGAGAUUGUUACCUUCUAGAUGGCAAUCGCGGAUCUUGGUAUCCUGGGGAAUUGCAAUGGCGUGUCACGCCGCGGUCACAAAUAAGCAGGGUCUAUACAUUGCUCGGUUUUUUCUUGGUUUGUUCGAGGCUGGCAUGUUCCCCGGUGUCAUCCUGCAACUCUGCUACUGGUAUCGUCCGGACGAGAUGUCUCUCCGGCUGCUUUACUUCUAUAUGCUGGGAAACUUCUCCGGGAUUAUCAGCGGCGUUCUUGCGUACGCUUUCGAUACUGUAUCUGGCUCUCAUGGUCUUUCUGGCUGGCAAUGGUAUGUAUCAUACAUAUGCAGAGCUCACGAGCGAUUUAAUAAAACUGACGGCUUAGGCUCUUCUUAUUCGAGGGCGUUGUCACCAUCGUCUUCGGGAUUCUCCUCUGGUUUGUCUUGCCUAACUAAACAGUCCCCCCCGACGCAACCUGGCUGA